AUGAGACCCACUCAGAUCCUUCGCGGCGGCGGCGGCGGCGAUGCCCCCCUCGGCAUGUACAACAGGUACAUUGGCGGCUGGGGUCAACUCGGUACCGCGGCCCAAGCCCAGAAGGGCAUUGUCACCUACGGCCUCGCCCCAAACCGACAGAACCCCUUCGCUGGCGCAGCCCACGCAGCCAUCUUCAACACAUGGCGACGGGCCAGUGCACAGAUCCUCUACGUUGUUCCUCCAUUCGUCGCCGCAUACUACAUCAUGAACUGGGCCGUUGAGAGAAACCACUACCUGAACUCUAAGGCUGGUAUGGCCGAGUUUGGCGACAGCGAGGAGUAA